UAAUAUAAAUAGGAGAUGCCCUCGAAGCGAACACUUUCCCUGUUCAUCCUUCGGUCGCUCGGUCGCAGUCGCACCGCCGUCAACGACAACAACAUCCGCGCGAGGAUCACGCCCGUCCCUCCUUCCUCCGAUCCGAUCUCACCAGAGCGAGAUGGGUGGACGCGGAGGUCGCGGAGGUCCCGGGGGCCGGGGCGGCGGCCGGGCGGCAGGGGCAACGCCGCUGGCCAGGGAGGGCCAGUGGCAGCUCCCGUCAUCUACUGGUUCUGCGAGCACUGCGGGGAUCUGCGCCAUGACAAUCAAGCACGUCACCUCGUGAACCACAUCUACAUGGAACACCAGGAAACCCAGCAGCGCCUCCGCCAGCUGCAGGCGCGUGAGGCGUAUCAGCGAGCCCAUGGUGGCUCGAAGAAGAGGGGCAACCGCCGCCGCCACUGAAUGAAGGUAGAAGACUAAGUAACACUACUGAAGUCACCUGCGCAAAUCUUCCAGCAUUAUCAAUCUUAUUUCCGCAUUUUCUUUCUGCAAAUAAAUAGCUAUAUCAGACUCCCCUGCGGCAAGCUCUUGCAAGACCAAUGUUAUUUCUGUAAUUUUUCUUCUGUGCACAAAUAGUGAGACAAUAUGAGUUUAUAUCAGUGAGACUGAAUUACGAUGAGCGAGAUAAAGCAAAGUUGUUUGCUGCGAUUUGUGUUUGACUGCCUGUUUUGAACCUAUAGUAUGAUGAUGGAACCUGGUUAUGCU